AUGCGAAGCAUAGAACUCAGUUAUUUCUUUUUAACGGUGUUUAGUUUGCUUGCUACAAAUUCAUUGGGAUUAUCGCCGGUUAUUUUUAUACCUGGAGAUGGUGGCAGUCAAUUGGAAGCUAAAUUAAAUAAAACUGAAGUUGUCCACUAUAUUUGCGCCAAAACUUCAAAUGAUUAUUUCAGUAUUUGGUUAAACUUGGAACUUCUGGUGCCAUUUGUCAUUGACUGUUGGGUGGAUAAUACCAGGUUGGAUUAUGAUAAUGCAACCAGGACAACAAAGAAUCCACCAGGAGUUGAUAUUAGAGUCCCCGGCUGGGGUAAUUCUGAACCUGUGGAAUGGUUAGAUCCUUCACAUGACUCAGCUGGUGCGUAUUUCAAUACUAUUGGUGAUGCACUAGUAAAAAUUGGAUAUGUGAGAAAUGUAUCACUGCGUGGUGCCCCUUAUGACUUUCGAAGAGCACCUAAUGAAAAUGUUGAGUUCUUUGUUAAAUUAAAAUUACUGGUUGAGGAGACAUACAAUAUGAACAAUAAGUCAUCUGUGACUCUUAUUGUGCACAGUAUGGGUGGAUCUAUGGGUCUACAUUUCUUAAGACUACAGUCACAAGCCUGGAAGGAUCAGUAUAUAAGAAGAAUACUCUCUCUUUCUACACCUUGGGGCGGUGCUGUUAAGGCGCUUAAAGUAUUUGCUAUAGGUGAUGACCUGGGAUCUCUGAUGCUACGUGAGAGUACCAUGCGCACGGAACAGAUAACGUGCCCAUCUCUGGCAUGGCUCCUCCCAUCAUCCAACUUCUGGAAACCUGGAGAGGUUUUGGUACAGACGGACAAGUUUAAUUACACGAUUAACGACUUUCAGAAACUAUUUACUGACAUGGACUUACCGAACGCCUGGGAGAUGCGCAAGGACACGCAACAAUUCACCGAGGACUUCACUGCACCUGGCGUUGAGGUCCACUGCCUAUAUGGGUAUAACAUCUCCACUGUUGAAAAAUUAGUUUACAAGCCUGGAACAUGGCUUGAUGGUUACCCAACAUUGGUUACUGGCGACGGAGAUGGAACGGUGAAUCUUCGUUCUCUAAGCGCUUGCGAACAUUGGGCGAAGAAGCGAGGCUUCACAACCCUCAACAACAACAAACCAGUAAAAUCUUUUCCACUUAUGCAAGCCGAGCAUCUUAAAAUAUUACAUGAUCCAAGAGUUCUAGAAUACAUUACAACUGUCAUGAGUAUUGAUUAA